CCGAACGGAGCUGGAAAUGCAGAUGGCGUGCAACCUGCGCGAAUUUAAGGAAUUCAUCGAUAACGAAAUGAUCGUCAUUCUGGGCCAGAUGGACAGCCCCACCCAGAUCUUUGACCACGUCUUUCUGGGUUCGGAGUGGAACGCCUCAAAUCUGGAAGACUUGCAAACGAGAGGGGUGCGUUAUAUUCUGAACGUCACGCGUGAGAUUGAUAAUUUCUUCCCGGGAGUUUUCGAAUACCACAAUAUCCGAGUUUACGACGAAGAAGCGACGGAUUUGCUGGCUUACUGGAACGACACCUACAAAUUCAUCUCCAAAGCAAAGAAGAACGGCUCCAAGUGCCUAGUCCACUGCAAGAUGGGGGUCAGCCGGUCGGCCUCCACCGUGAUCGCCUACGCCAUGAAGGAGUACGGCUGGAACCUCGACCGGGCCUACGACUACGUGAAGGAGCGCCGCAGUGUCACCAAGCCCAACCCCAGCUUCAUGCGCCAGCUGGAAGAAUACCAGGGCAUCCUCCUGGCCAGCAAGCAACGUCACAACAAGCUCUGGCGGUCGCACUCCGACAGCGACCUCUCGGACCACCACGAGCCCAUCGGCAAGUCGGGCAUGGAGGUCAGCAAAAAGGAAAUCACCACCUCGGCCGACCGUAUCUCCGACAACAAGUCUUCCAGCAGCCUGGUGGCCGUGCCCGUGGGGAUCGCCGCCAGCCCCCACGGAGCCUUGCUGUGCCAUUUGGGCUCCGGCCCUUUGGCGAACCAUCCGGGCAAAGAGCGAGUGAUCCAGCUGCAAAUUGCGCCCCGAGACUUCGACGCCGAGCAGAUGGAAGAUCAGCUGAAUUUGAACAAUCUCAACGGGUGCCCGUCCGGCUGCUGUCCGGCGGAGUCCGAAUCGCCCCUCGACAACUGCAAUCCAUCCGAGACCUUACUUCAGCAAGGGGGUACUUUGAAAGCGGCCGGCGGGUUUCCGGAUUUGGCGGUGUCCGAUUUGGAAAACGACGCCCUCAAGCCCGGCGACGGGAACGUCCACCUGGUGCCCAUGGAAGAGUUGGAGUCCUGCUUGCGAGAGACGCCCAGCCCGCCCGCCAACCUUUCUCAACCGGAGGAGGUGGAGGAAGAGGAGGAGGAAGAAGAGGAGGAGGAAGAGGAGGAGGAGGAGGAAGAAGCCACCGCCGGAGACUUCGGCACGGAUCGGAUCGACUUCUUCAGCGCUUUGGAGAAGUUUGUGGAGCUCUCGCAGGAGAAGAGGCCGCGGGCAUCGUCCAGGGCAGAAGAGCUGGGCAACGGGCGGAAUGGGACACCCCGGGUCUCGGGCUUGGAGCUCCUGCCUUGUGAUCCCGCCGAGCAGGGCCAGCGAAGUGCCUCUGCGGGCAGCUCCCCGCAGGCCUCGGAGGCCUCGUCUCUGGAGGAGGAGCAGCUGAAGCUCUCGGAACCAGAGCCUCCCGUGGGCCUCAUCCGCUCCCAUUCCCCCGUUGUCUCGGUCAAAGAGAUCGUCACGGAGAUUGAGUCCAUCCAUCAGGGGGGAUCCCAGGGACCCGCCAAGGCAGAGACCGCCAACAACCUGCUCCCAACGCCCAAGAGAACCCCCCUCCACGAGACUCCAGCCGAGGUGACCUGCCCUUUGGACAGCAAGCUCGGGAAGGCUGAGGAGGCAGCGGACGUGGCUGGACCAGUCCCGAAAGAAGCUGUUCGAGAACCAUUGAAACCGGAACCCGAAGGGUCUUCGUUGCCCCCAAUACUUACUUCUAAGCCAGACAUGGAAGGAAGGGGCUCAGCUGAAGACCCCGCAGAAGCUCGAGUCCUCCCUGGGCCCAAAUGGUGUCCUGGUUCUGUCCGACGGGCCACUCUGGAAUUUGAAGAGCGUCUACGACAGGAGCAGCAAGAUUUGCAGCACGUUUCUCCGGUUGCUCUUUUCCCCGUCCGGAAGAAUUCCCGGAACGAGUCCGAUCCGGGCACAAAGGGCAGGAACGACGAUACACCUCAGGAGCUGACCCAGCUCUCGAGAAAUAAGGAAGUCUCAAGAACAGGAAGCAGCUCCGAGACGGGGACCAUCUCCGAACCACCACUGCCGUCAGAACCUUCCCGUCCACCGGAAGUCCCUACAGAGGUACCAGGCGUGGCCCGUGAACACCGGAUGGUGCUUUGGAUGGAGGGUGACGAGGGACCUCCUCUGCUCAGCUCCCUACCCAAGAGAAUUGAGAUCAUCGAAUACACGCCUGCCUUGCCUGGCACAGAGGGGGUCGAGAAGGGUAUCGCGACCCGGACCCUGGAGAAAACCGUGGAUGAAAACUGCAACACUGCUUUCUGCUCGGAGACUCCUGGAUGCAGCCCGGAUUUGUCCGGGACACCAGAACAGGAGGGCGGCCCCUUCAAUGAAGCCCUCUUCUCUUGGGGAAGCCCGAAAGAGAUGGACAAGGAUGAGGGGGAAACUGAGGCACUGUCCAACCCUGCAACCCCCUCUUCUUCGGCCAACCAGGAGAGACACUCCCCUCCACCCUCUUCACAUCAAAAGUAUCGUCUCGGUCUGGAGGGGGUCACUCAGGACAGCACAAGCACCGAGCCUGAGCCGGCUCCCUCGCGGGGCUACGCUGGAAACGGGCACUUCUCCCUGGAGGAGAGGGGAAGGGGCUUCCUGCCCUGGACACGCUGGACCCCCAAUCUAGGAAAAAAUCCUCUGGACGUCCCCUCGGCCCGUCCUCUUCGCUGCUCUCUCCCUCGCCGUUCCAGCUGCGACGGCUGCGCCAAAGACAGCGGCCAGGGGACAGGCCUGGUCAAGCAGCUGGCGAAAGAACUGGAAUCCCGCCUCCGGCAAGCCGGACUCACCGCACCAUCUCAAAUGAAACGCUCAGCGUCUUUAGCCAAACUGGACUGUCUGGGCUCGCUGAAGGACGACUUGCCCCGCAGCUGCUGCCUACCCACUGGUGCCAGACCCGUCUCGCCGGAAUCUCUCCGGAUCCCCACGCCAGAUCCGGCCAUCUCCUCUCUGACCCUCCUGUCUCCCGAACCCACCAGGCAUUUGGUGGAACCGGUCAAGCUGUGGGAAUGCCUGGCCCUGAGCCGGCCGGUGGAACGGCCCCUGGCUCAGUUCGCCCAAGACUUCACCCCGACCUGUGGCCCCCCGGAAGGAACGUGGACUUGGGGCCACGGCCUGGUGCAGCCGGCCACGCACGCUCGAAAUCCCCCCGCCAGAACUCGGCUGCCCAGGAGGUUAAAAAAAUCCAACGAGCGGAAACGAACCACCAACCCCAUCUAUAAUACGAUGUGAUCCCUGCCUCGGUUUCCCUCCCUUCUCUUCCCUCUUUCUCCUUCCUCCCUCCUUCAAAUUUUUCACAAUCCCUCGCAGAUGUAAUAUAUACCGAAACAUGCACUUUAUUAGUUAGGUUGUUGGUUUUUUUUUAUAUAUAUAUAUAUAUCUAUAUAUAUCUGUUCUUUUAUUUGUAUGGUUCCUCCAUUUUUGCAUGUACAUUUUCAAGGCGGAUGAAAUUCGAGUUUAAAAAAAAAAACAAACCACCAACCUCCAUUCGUGCGAGUGACUGCGAGAUGAUGACCCCGUGGCGUUUUUUUUUUUGCGUGUUGUUUUAUUCCGUUUUUGUUUUUCAUUGGGGGGUGGUUGUCGUUUUUUUUUCUAUGAAAAGAUUUUACCUCUAUUUCUUUUUUUUUUUCAGCUUUGUCUUAAAAAAGCACCCUUCUUUUGCAAAACGAGAGGCCGUCCGUUUUAUUUGUCCGCCAUCCGAGUCAUGCCGUUGUAGGGUUGGGGAGCAAAGCCCCGCUCUGCUAAUUGGGGGAGGGGGCUCACAAGAGGCACCCCCUCCCCAAGUCUCACCUCCUGGAAUCCCUGGAUCCAAACAGCUCUGAAGCUUGUAUUUCUCUCUGCUCGCCCCCCACCCCAAGCUGUCCAGUAGAAGCCACAAUAUUGUCGCGCACACAGCAGGACAGUAUUGUGCCCGUAGUGCCACUUAACAACACAACGCUGCCCCUCUGUGGACCCCCAAAAGACCCAUCCUGAUGCAUUUGAGUAGGGGGUGCAACACCCACCCACCCCCAGGGCUGUCGGCUGGAGAGGGCAAUCCUCCGAGCCUUGCCCCCCGAUUUUCUCCCCUCCUUCUCCACGCAGCCACCCAGCCUCGGUGCCCCUUCCUUUAGAAACAUCUGCCCACUUUUGCAGCUGGCAGGGCAGGGUCUGCCUGUCCCCUGUGCGCCCACCCACCCAAAGGCCUCUACAAUAGAGCGGGCAUUCCGGAGCUUUGCCCCACUGCGUUAGGGCAGUGAACGUAACCUGUGUUAGGGUGUUAGGGCAGGGAACGCAGCACACAUACGCAAGCACAACCUCUCUUUAACUCCCCAAGAAACCCCUUCCCUUUUUGAGCGGCAAAAAUAAAGGGGGGGAUUUAAAAAUUGGGCUUUUUUAAAAAAAUAUUUAAUUUUAUUUUCCGGAACGGGUGUUCUUUUAAGGCAGGCGCUGAAAAAGGGAUUUGACCUUCCGGUUACUUGAAUAAAAACAGUGGGCCUUUUCAAAACUC